UAUCAAUGGCACAGCUCCCAGUGUACAGAGAAAAGACCCUGGUAGCGCCAUGAAGAAAAUGGUCGUGAGAAAGCAGGACACGGUGCCCUUACAGCCCAGUACGCCCACCCUCCCUGGAGAUGGCAGCUUCCCAUGCAGCUCCUCAGAGACCUCGCAGACAGCCACUGGUGCCCAGCGCCAAGAGGAGCCGCUCCGUGGGCACAGGCAGAAGGACAGAGCCUUUUCGGACCCACAGCAGGCCUUGCAGGAGGCACUGUCCUUGCUGGGCAGCGACGACUGGGAACAGAAGAAGAAGGGACUCUUGAACAUCACACUGCUGGCUGAGUCCCAUUCAGAAGUCCUGCUCUGUCGACUUCGUGAGAUUUGCUUGGCAGUUACCAGUGAGGUGACCAACCUCCGGUCCAACGUGUCCUGCUCUGCAAUUGUCACUCUGGGAGAGCUCUUUGCGAUCUUGGGGAAGGACAUGGACUCCGAGGUGGAUCAGAUUGCUGCAGUCCUUCUCCACAUGUUGCGGAAUUCCCCAGAGUUUAUUCAGAAGGCAGCCUGUCAGAGCCUGGGCAUGAUGGUACAGAACGUGACUCCUACACGAGCAAUGACUGCUCUCAUGGACAAUGGAGUCAAGUAGGUUCUUCUUCUUUCUGUGAUAUUCUUGACCUUCUAGUGUGUGGGUGAGGGAAGGGAUGACAGAGAGAACAGGAAUGGUGGAAGGGAAGGGCCCUGUAUCCUGCAUCUUCUGUGGACUCAGUGACAUGAUUCUCUGAUCAACCUCAUUUCUCCUUUCUGAGAAAUAAGGAGGGUAUUUGCUGGGGCAUGGAGCACAUCAGGGAGAAUGUGCUGGGUGUGGCAUAGCCUGCACAGCAGGUGCAGCUCCUGCCAAAAGGAGUCUUGUAUGACUGUCCUGGCCUUAGAGCUCUGCUUUCUAUUCAAACUGAUGUUUCAUGUUAGCCCUGAGAUGAUGGAGCACUUUCCAGGCACCCUCACCGGCUGAGUGCCAUGGGACAGCUGAAGCAAAUGCUGCCUUAAGUGUUGGUGCUGGGCCUGAUAGUUUCCAAGAGACAGUCUCUAGAAUAGGACAAGCUGCUAAACUGAC